ACACACGGUUUACAUACACGCGUACAUACGGAUUCUUCAUACAAAGAAUAUGAGACCGGUACGUAGCGAGUAACGUGGUGGGAGAUACUUGCAUGCCCCACCCCCAUUAGCCCCUCAUAUUUUUAUAUCAACAUCUAGUGCGGCUCAGGACGCCGUUGAGCCUGCAGUUUCUUCAGUCGUCUUGUAUAAAAUUUUCUCAUUUUUUUUCAAAUUUAAUAUUAUUAACAUUUCUUUAUUUGUUAUGCUGACUGUGAAUUUGUGCUUUUUGACAUCUAAUAUUUUAAUUAGUGCUCCACAAGGUGGUUCCUGUUGUACAUGUUAAGGUACUGCCUAUAGUGUAUUGUGAAAAUUUUUAGAGAAAUAGUGCUCGUACAGUGCGUGAAAUAAUCGUAUAAUGAUAUUAUAAUCCUGAAUGCCUGAAAUUGUUCAAAAUCCUUAAAUUUUUCCUUACACUGUUAUUUACCAGUCCAUAAAAAUGUAUGUGCAUUUUACAAAAGCAAGAAAAAUAAACUAGCUCGCUCCAUCCUUUAAAUUCCAUCCAGGCUUGAAUGGCAGCUACUGCAUCUUUCAUUGUUUAACAAUUAUCCAGUAAAAAAUCCGAUCGUCGUUGACCGCAGUUAUUUUUCGGUCCUCGGUUUCUUCUCAGUCGUUCCAGUAUUCGCGCAGAGAAAACUCGUUGCGCGUCUAAGAAGGUAGAGAAGAGGGAUAAGUGAAUUAUCCGUUCGAGGCUGAUCGAACAUCGGUGGAAUUUUAAGGUUUCUCAGCGCACGACUGGGAAGCCAAAACAGUGUUCUGCGAGCAAAGUGAGACGGAAAGCGUUCGUACGGCAAAGUAUAAAAAAAAAAUCAGCCCUACGACAUCAUCUCUUUUUCUCUAUUCAUCCAUUCAUCGUGUCUUAAAUCGUGACGCGAUUUUUCGCGAAAAUCAUGGAUCGCAACGAAAACACGAACGAGGGUGGCAGUUCACCCGACACGGUGAUCGCGCGCUCCUCGUCGGAGGAAGAGAAGCGGAAGUCGGUCGUGGCCAGCACCUCUGGCGAAUACAUCACCGUGGGCGACAGCAGUUCCAGUCUCGACACCCUGACCGGCGGCAGCGUCGCGACCCUCUCUUCCAGCGCCAACGCGGAUGACCGAAAGAAGGGUAAAUUUGGCGCGUUCAAGAGCAGCCUUCGCGAGGGUAACUUAUUUAAAAUCAAGAAGAAGACGCGUGAAACCGACGUAUCGUCCUCCUUCGAGGCAGAGCAGCGUGAUAAAGAGAUAUCUCAGCAGCAGCAAUCGCAACGGCUCGAGGACGAGAAAGAGCCGAAAUUGACGACCGACGCGCUUUCCAGCGCGGCUCUGAAGAAGAAGAAAAAGAAGUCGCAUUCGCUGGUGCGCAAGCUGAGCCUAAAUAAAUUUCGCAUGUCCUCGGAACAGCAAGAGCCGCGACACACUCCGGAGGGAGGUAAUAGUAGCCGAUCGCAAAGCCAGUCCUCACAAGAGUCGCCCGUUCACACAUACGCUCGUGCCGCGAAAAGAGAGAACGACGACGCCCUGGAGAGGGAAAAGGGGGUAAAAGAGGAGAUUAAGAAACCAGAAAAGCUCGAGAAAUCGACGAAGACCGUCAGCGUAGUGCAACGCAUAUCGCCGUCGCUGACCAUCAAGAGCUUUGCGGGAACCGUUCAGCAGGCCGCGCAUCAUCAAAUUUCUCCGGACACUGAACGACAGUCGCAACAGGAGAAUCAAGAUAACGCCUCACCUUUCGAUAAACGAUGCAGCUCGACACUCCCAUACGCGUUGUCGAGAUGGCCGGAGCCUAGCGAGACGAAGCCCGCGGAGGAUCCAGCGGCCAGGAGAGGCAAGGUAAAGACGAAAUACGAUUCGGAAUCCUCUGAAUGUGUGCCGUCGACAUCGUCGCCCGUCGAGAUUCGCCGUAAGCUGUCGUUGCUCGAGGAGAAGCGAGCGAUAUUUCAGCGACGCUUCUUCGAUUCGGAAUCCAAGGACGCGACGCGCUCGGACGAGACGGUGAUCAACGUUAACACCCGCGGCAAAUUAUCAAGUACCGACAGCAACGAGUUCCUUCAACAGCUGGAAGAGGAAAGGAAGAAUAAAGUGCGGCACAUUAGCGUGAGGACCUUCGACACGUUCUCCACUUUCGACAAUACCCUCGACGAGGAGGAUCUCUCGGAGGAUUACGACAAUACAGGCAGCAAUUAUCGCAGACUUUACAACGUCAUGGCACCCGUGGCAGUCGUGGACCACCUUGAGUCGUCGUCGAAUAAUGCACCCAACCUCGGAGUAAGCGAGAAACGGGAGCACUUGUACAAAAUAUUAGUAAUCGGCGAGCUCGGGGCGGGGAAAACGUCUAUCAUCAAACGAUACGUGCAUCAAUUCUUCUCCCAACAUUAUCGCGCGACGAUUGGCGUCGACUUCGCGCUCAAAGUCCUGAACUGGGAUCCGCAUACCAUCAUCAGACUGCAGUUAUGGGAUAUCGCAGGUCAAGAAAGGUUCGGGAACAUGACCAGAGUUUACUAUAAGGAAGCCGUAGGUGCUUUCAUAGUAUUCGACGUGACGAGGAGCGCGACGCUGGACGCUGUGGUGAAAUGGAAACAAGACCUGGAUUCAAAAGUGCAGCUUCCUGAUGGAUCAGCGAUACCGUGCGUUCUACUGGCGAAUAAGUGCGAUCAGCAAAAGGAAGGUCUGGUUAACUCGCCCGCCAAGAUGGACGAAUACUGUAAAGAGAAGAACUUCUCCGGCUGGUUUGAAACCUCGGCGAAAGAGAAUAUUAACAUCGAGGAAGCAGCCAAAUUUCUCGUCAAUAAAAUACUUCAAAACGAUCAGGUUAUAAAAGACAACGGUGUCCAAGACCAGACGGACGGCGAGAGAUUCGCGUUGAAUCAAUCGCCGACGAGCUCCAAAAAAUCCUGCAGCUGCUGACGAAUAGGCAAAUUGUCGAAUUCAAGUUCGAAUUCUCGGUCACGAUUUUCCAUUUAUCAACCUCAAUGUAUCUUCGUAGAUGCCAUGAGAAUCAUAAUUUUCUACACUUUGCCAUUCUUCGUAGUAGGAAGCAUCUGCUUAUUCUCCAACGAGAAUCUUUUAUGAAAAUUAUUUGGGUCUGUCAAUCCAAAUCAUUUUCAGAUAUAUACAGCGUAAGAAAGCCAUAAUUUAAGGGUAAUAGUUAAAUAAAUUUUUUAAUAUUCCUCUAAACAGUGCUUUUAUAACGAUAUAAUGACAAGAUUACCGAUGUGCAUUUUUUCUUAAUAAAUUGACACGUGCAUUUAAAUAUUAUUUUAAUUCGAGUAGAUUUGUAUAUAACGCUGCUUUCUGUGUCUGCUCAAAAUUGUGUGAAUAACUGCUAUUCAUACAAAUGCUUCUAGCAUCAUUAAUAGCAAGAAUUGAGAAUCUUGUGCGUAUAUGUGUGGUAAAGAGCGUAAUACUAUUUAUUGUUAUUUGGUUAAUUAAAUUGAUCCCACACAUAUAUACACAUACUAUGAAUUCGAUAAAAACAAAAUAUACUUUUAAUUGUUUUCUCGUUCGAUUUACAGUACGCUUCCUAUCUAUACUUCCAUUUCGCUGUUAAUUAUACUGAUUGAAUUCAGUAUUUUACUGAUUAAAUUCAGUUGUCGACAACAUUGUGCCUCCUUUCGCACAAUCGCAGUUAUUUACACAAGACAGCUGAUUGUAAUUAGAACGUCAAACGAUCGAUUUUAUGUAAUACGCGUUUAGGCAAAUUUGCUGAUAGCAUUGCAAUAUUUGGACUGAAAUUCAGGGUGAAAGAUGAAAAAUAAGAAUGUUUAAUGUAUCGCUUCUCGCGUCGAGGGAAAAAGUGUAGAGAUAUAUAAUGUUCUUGAUAUAGAUCUACGUACAGAAGCAUACGUGUGUUAUAGUAAGUAAGGUAUAUAUCGAGAGCGGCAUAUAUACGUAUAUGUAUACAUCGUGCAUUGUAAAUAAUUCAGAUUUUACAUUAAUGAUCUUCACCUUUCGAGCGAUGUUCGCAUGUUUGCACUUUUAUAUAAUAUGAUUUAAUAACGCGGCGCAUAUAUCUCGUUAUUGCAGAAAAAAUUGUAGAUAUAUAUACAUACAUAUAAUAUUUUAUAUAUGUUAUUUCCGAGGCAUAAUAUAUCUGAUACGCUAUUGUACUAUCUAACAGUAACAAUAGCAACAUACCUGCCUAUUUUUAGUCUUUUUGUAUAAAUACAAGACAUAAUUACAAAACAAUGUUUAACUGUAUUAAAUUUGUUAAUA